CCGGCACGGACCGGAAGUGCCGCGGGGUGGCGGACAGUCGACGCCGGUCCGCUCAGGGACCUUUGCACGUGCCGGGAUGACGCGGGUGCUGCGGGCCGCGGUGGACCUGGGCCUGAGGCGGCGGCGGUGGCAGCAGUUCUUCUGGACCAGCUGCAGACAGUGUUCCUCAGGAAUCAUUCCCAACGAAAAGAUCCGCAACAUUGGAAUCUCUGCGCACAUAGACUCAGGGAAGACAACGCUAACAGAGCGCAUUCUUUUCUAUACUGGCAGGAUAACACAGAUGCAUGAGGUAAAAGGCAGAGAUGGAGUUGGGGCUGUCAUGGAUUCUAUGGAGCUAGAGCGACAGCGUGGUAUCACAAUUCAGUCUGCAGCGACAUAUACUAUGUGGAAGGAUGUUAAUAUCAACAUCAUUGAUACACCAGGGCAUGUAGACUUCACAAUUGAAGUGGAAAGAGCGCUGCGAGUUCUUGAUGGAGCUGUCUUGGUGCUCUGUGCUGUUGGAGGAGUUCAGUGCCAAACAAUGACAGUCACCAGGCAAAUGAAGCGUUAUAAUGUCCCAUUUCUAACAUUCAUCAAUAAGCUGGACAGAGUGGGCUCAAGUCCCACCAGAGCUGUGCAACAACUGAGAUCCAAGUUAAAGUACAAUGCAGCCCCUAUUCAAAUUCCCAUUGGUCUUGAAGGAAACUUCAGAGGAAUUAUAGAUCUUAUUGAAGAAAAGGCCAUGUACUUUGAUGGUGAUUUUGGGCAGAAGUUUCGAUAUGAUGAAAUCCCAGCUGAAUUUAGAGCUGAGGCAGCAGACAGACGUCAGGAAUUGAUUGAAUGUGUUGCUAACUCAGAUGAACAACUUGGAGAACUGUUUUUGGAAGAAAAGAUCCCUACAGUAGCUGAUUUAAAGCUUGCAAUCAGAAGAGCAACACUGAAAAAGUCUUUUUCACCUGUGCUUGUGGGAAGUGCUCUGAAAAACAAAGGAGUGCAACCACUGCUGGAUGCUGUCUUAGAGUACCUCCCAAAUCCAUCUGAAGUCCAGAAUUAUGCUAUCCUCAAUCAGGAGGAUUCUGAGAGCAAAACAAAGCUGUUGCUGAACUCAGUCAGAGACGACUCCCAGCCUUUUGUAGGCCUGGCUUUCAAGCUGGAGGCUGGCCAAUUUGGGCAGCUGACAUAUGUUCGAGUUUAUCAGGGGAUGCUGAAGAAAUCUCAAUACAUUUAUAACACCAGGACAGGAAAGAGGGUGCGCCUGCAAAGACUAGUUCGUAUGCAUGCAGACAUGCUGGAGGAUGUAAAUGAAGUUUAUGCAGGAGACAUAUGUGCAUUGUUUGGAAUUGAUUGUGCAAGUGGAGAUACAUUCUGUGAUAAAUCUAAUAAUCAAAUUUCCAUGGAAUCAAUUCAUAUCCCUGAUUCUGUCAUUUCUGUAGCCAUGAAGCCUUCUGACAAGAAUGACUUGGAUAAAUUUUCAAAAGGACUGAACCGGUUUACAAGAGAAGAUCCCACCUUCAGAGUCUACUUUGAUGAUGAGAACAAGGAAACCAUUGUUUCUGGAAUGGGAGAACUACAUCUGGAAAUCUAUGCUCAGCGAAUGGAAAGAGAAUAUGAUUGUCCUUGUACUAUGGGAAAACCAAAAGUUGCCUUUAGAGAGAGCAUUGCAGCACCUGUACCGUUUGAAUACACCCACAAGAAACAGUCGGGUGGGGCUGGGCAGUACGGGAAGGUGAUUGGGGUCCUGGAGCCUCUGGAGCCGGAGAACUACACCAAGCUGGAGUUCAAAGACCAAACCAUGGGAACAAACGUCCCGCAGUCGUUCAUACCUGCUGUCGAAAAGGGAUUCCGUAAUGCGUGUGAAAAGGGUCCUCUGACAGGUCACAAGAUAUCUGGAGUCCGGUUCAUCUUAGAUGAUGGUGCACAUCACAUGGUGGAUUCUAAUGAAUACUCUUUCAUCAGAGCAGGGGAAGGUGCACUCAAACAAGCUAUGGAAAAUGCAACAGUGCGUGUUCUUGAGCCCAUUAUGUCCGUGGAAAUUGUAGCACCAAAUGAAUUCCAAGGAGCUGUGGUUGCUGGAAUUAAUCGCCGUCAUGGAGUGAUCACCGGACAAGAUGGCGUAGAGGACUAUUUUACUUUGUAUGCUGAUGUGCCACUGAAUGAUAUGUUUGGAUAUGCCACUGAACUGAGAUCCUGCACAGAGGGAAAGGGUGAAUAUACAAUGGAAUACAGUAGAUACCGGCCAUGUUCAUCUAGUACUCAGGAAGAGAUAAUUAACAAACACCUAGAAGCAACAGGAAGACUUCCUGCAAAGAAGAGCAAGGCUAAGGGCUGACUUUCAUCCUCUUGAACUUCACUGAAUAAUUUUUCACAAUCUUCUAGUCAGGCUUUGAAAUCGGACUUAGUUGGGACUUGUUCUUUAUUAAAACUGCCUUCAUUCACAAUGUACUCGGAAAUUAUCAGGAGGUCACUACUAAAAUGGUCAUGUACAAAUUCCAUUCAUUAGCAAAAAAUCAUAAUAUAAUAAUAAUAAUAAUCAUAAUUUGUUGUUCAAGUUCUUGUUUUAAGCCAUUUGUUUUAAAAUGAUGAAGUAGUUUUAUUUUUUACUUGAGAAAAUACUGGUAUCUGAUUAAAGACAUUAUUGCUUCUUAA